AUGCUGCAGAAUGCUGUGUUGUGGUGGGCGGCAGAUAGAGAGAUAGAGAUCCAUGAUUCAAACGUGUGGGAGGAAGAAACCAGACUGGAGACCAAGAGCGGGAGACCAAGAGCGGGAGACCAAGAGCGGGAGACCAAGAGCGGGAGACCAAGAGCGGCAGACCAAGAGCGGCAGACCAAGAGCGGCAGACCAAGAGCGGCAGACCAAGAGCGGCAGAACAAGAGCGGCAGACCAAGAGCGGCAGACCAAGAGCGGCAGACCAAGAGCGGCAGACCAAGAGCGGGAGACCAAGAGCGGGAGACCAAGAGCGGGAGACCAAGAGCGGGAGACCAAGAGCGAAAACUGAAAAAGUAUUUAUAG